AGUCUCUUUUGCAAAAACCUUAAGUUUUCAAACGCCGGGGAAGUGAAGCAAAGCAACAACCUUCAAACCCUAGCUCCGGCGGAGAGAUUAACGAUAAAAACGCAAUGUCUGGGUUUUCGUUUGGUCAAUCGAAUACUGGUGGAGGAUCUUUAUUCGGAUCUUCCUCCGCCGCGAGCUCCUCUUCUGCUUCAUCCACCUCGUCUCCGUUAGCUUUCUCAUUCAAUCAAUCCACCGGGUUUGGAUUUGGAGCCACCUCAUCGGCUGCUCCUGCUUCCUCCUCCGCAGCUCCAUCGUUCGGAUUCGGAGCCACCGCGUCGGCUCCUGCUACGUCCACAACUCUAUCGUUCGGAUUUGGAGCUAACGCAUCGGCUCCUGCUGCUUCCACAACUCCAUCGUUCGGAUUUGGAGCCACGUCAUCUGCUCCUACUGCUUCCACGACUCCAUCGUUCGGAUUUGGAGCCACGUCAUCGGCUCCUGCUUCCUCCACGACUCCAUCGUUUGGAUUUGGAGCCACCUCAUCGGCUCCUGCUUCCUCCACAACUCCAUCGUUCGGAUUUGGAGCCACCGCAUCUACUGUAACGGCUCCUGCGUCCUCCACAACUCCAUCGUUUGGAUUUGGAGCCACCUCAUCUACCGUAACGGCUCCUGCUUCCUCCGCAACUCCAUCGUUUGGAUUCGGAGCGCCCGCAUCCACCGGAUUCGGGUUCGGAUCCUCUGCUGCGUCUUCAUCUCCCUCUCUUUUUGGAUCUUCUACCAAUGCUCCUGCGGCUUCUCCUGGCUCGUCUCCCUUCGGAUUCGUAACUUCGUCGGCUUCUCAGCCUGGCGCUUCUUCUUCUUCCGCGACUGUUUCGGCACCAUCUCCUUUCGGAGCUCCAGCCAGUGGUUCAGCAUUCUCCUCAUCCUUAUUCUCCGCUCCUUCAUCUGCCGCCAGCUCGAGUUCUCCUCUCUUCGCAACAUCCUCAUCUGUACCUGCCUCAACUGCUUCUCUAUUCGGCGCACAAUCUUCAGCCACCGCCUCUACACCUUCAAUGUUCGGCGCGGCGGCUCCGUCCUCGUCAGCCCCUAGCUCCACACCUUCAAUGUUUGGAUCGUCAUCAGCCUCUGGCUCCUCACAGUCAAUCUUUGGCGCGGCGGCGGCGUCACCAGCCUCUGGCUCCUCACCGUCAAUCUUUGGAGCGGCUGCGUCCUCAGCUUCUGGCUCCUCACCUUCCAUCUUUGGAGCCACCGGUUCGACUCAGGCCAUCUUCGGAUCGUCUUCCUUGUCAGGCGCAGCAGCAGCUUCUUCACCAUCCCAGUUUGGAUUUUCCACCAACAACACUUCCUCCACUACAACCAAUCCCUUGGCUUCUCCGUUCUCUGCUUCUACCGGACUCUCUUUCUCGAAAAGCACAGGAAGUUCCACCCCUGCUAUCUCUGCUUCUGCUUCCGCUCCUUCACAAACGACUUCCUCAUCUUCCUCAUUCUCAUUCGCUACACCCGCAAUCUCAGCUCCUGCAUCCACCACAUCCCCAGCACUGUUUUCAAUAGCAACCACCACCACCACCACGUCCUCUUCGAGUCCUGCUGCCACUAGUGCACCAUCUUCCUCAGCUGCAGCUUCCACAACGACUUUCCCUUCUUUUGGUGUGGGCUCAUCUGCAGCCAACAGCACUCCGGCUACUUCCUCUGCUCCAGCAUUUGGUUUUACUACCUCCACUUCUGCUGCUGCAACUACUGCUUUUGCUGUACCCCAGAUAGCAUCAACUACUGCUACUACAACGCAGACAUCUCUUGUUGUGGCUUCGACUAGUGGGACAAGCACAACUGUUGCAGCUCCAGUGGCUGGUGCUCCCAAGUUACCAUCUGAAAUAACUGGCAAAACUGUUGAGGAGAUUAUCAAGGAGUGGAACACUGAGCUGGAAGAACGUACAGGGAGAUUCCGGAAACAGGCAAAUGCAAUAGCUGAAUGGGAUAAGCGGAUCCUGCAGAACCGUGAUGUUCUUCUGAGGCUUGAGAUUGAAGUUGCAAAAGUGGUUGAAACACAGUCUAGUUUGGAAAGACAGCUGGAAUUAAUUGACACUCAUCAACAAGAGGUUGACAAAGCUUUGCAAAGCAUGGAGGAAGAGGCUGAGCGUAUAUAUAAUGACGAGCGCAAAUCGCUUCUUGACGAUGAAGCAGCAUCAACAAGAGAUGCAAUGUAUGAACAGUCUGAGCUUGUAGAAAGAGAACUGGAGCAUAUGACUGAACAGAUCAGAUCGAUAAUACAAUCCGUAAAUGCAAACCAGGGUGGAGAACUAGAAGCAGUUGAUGGGAUGAAUCCAUUGGAUGUAGUAGUCAGGAUCUUGAACAAUCAACUCAGUUCCUUGAUGUGGAUUGAUGAGAAAGCAGAGGAGUUCUCAUCUCGGAUUCAAAAGAUCGCAUCUCAAGGCUCUGGUGCAGACCGUGAACUGAUGAUGGCUCCAAAGCACUGGAUGUCUUGAUCAAGCGCCUCCUGAGGAACGUUCAUGAAUAUCUUCUCUUUUGUUCUGUGAUAGUGAUGUCAGAUUCUUGUUUACACCUUGAAUAUUGUUUACCUUUUGUACCAUUUGGAUAUUGACUGUCCUCGUUUGUUGUUAUCAGCUUCUAUGAACCAUUGAAACUUUGCUCUAAA